GGAAACUUGAGGAUUAAACUAUUUUUCAAGCCAUUUGUGUAUCACCAACUCCCGUUCCACAAAACGGUUAUCCCCGGACGCUGUGUUGCGCCAACAAACCUCCGAUGGGCCAGGGACGGCGCGCGGCAGCCUCUCCGCUGGAUCCGAACAAAGACGACGAUGAUGCUUGCCUUCGCCUUUUUUGGACCGAAGAAAACUCUUUGCUUAUCGAUGAUCUACCUAUCCACCGGCGAAUUCUUCCUCUCCGUCCCCAGCGUAGACACCGUUGACUAGCGUCCUGAUCACCAAUUAUUUCCUUUUUUGUCCUUUCCGCUAGGGCUUAGCAGACCGCGUCAGACAAUGGCUGUGAUGGCCGCCGCAGCCUCCAUCAUCCUCAUUGCGAAGCCAACCAUGCCAUUAGCCACACCUCCAAUAAGCGAUAACUGCUCUUCGCAAGCACCCUCGACACCUCCAGCUCCAAUCAAUCCGAGCAUGGAGCGCAUCAACAACAAGGCCCGGCCCUGCGCGAUGGUCAAACAGCAAACCCCAACUCAAUACCAAAUCCCACCCUCAUUCGCUCAGUCCUUUUCCGCUCUCGAAACCCGAAUGGCCAUCUUCCGAUCAAGCUCCGCUUGCUCCGCGGCUGUCGGAACCAUUCCCAUCGCCUGUUCGACCUGCGACGACGUCCAGAGCCCGAUCGACGCCCACGCCAUAACACCGAUUCCGAAUAAUGCUCGCGUCUUGGGGGACAGGGACUUGUAG